AUGCGGUAUCAUGUGAAUGGACAUGAGAAGCCAUCACACAUGACCCCCAGAGAGCCGUGGCUGGGUGACGCCAGGGUGGCCAGGGAAGUACUGGGAGGAGGACUGACCAUUGACACCCUACCAGACAACAUGACACACUUAGUGGAGGACGCUGGUAGGUAUUACUCAUGGCGUAGUUUUGGCCCUGAUGACCAGCGCACAGAUGAACUCUGGGUAGAUCUAAACGACCUAGAGUAUGGCCAAGUCAGAAUGCAUGGCAUUUUGUCCAACACACACAGACAGGCUGCGAAGGUCGCCCUCUCAUUUGACUUCCCCUUCUACGGACAUUACUUGAGGCAGAUUACCAUAGCAACAGGAGGGUUCAUUUUCAUGGGAGAGGUCACACACCGCAUGCUGACAGCAACACAGUACAUCGCCCCCCUCAUGGCCAACUUUGACCCCAGCUUCUCCAAGGAGUCUAUUGUGCAGUACCUGGACAAUGGUGAGGUGUUUGUGGUGCAGUGGGAGCGGGUGAGACUCCAUGGGAGGGAAGCAGAGGGGGCAUACACCUUCCAGGCUGCCCUGCACCUCACAGGGACCAUCACCUUCAGCUACAGAGAUAUACCUUUGCCAGUGGAGGUGAUAAGUUCUGCUGAGCACCAAGUGAAGGCAGGGUUGUCAGAUGCAUUCAUGGUAAACCUGCCAUCCCCUCAAUCCUCAGAUGCCCAACGUCGGCUCUACGAGUACCAUCGGGUGGACAUCGAUACAACUAAAAUCACCAACAACUCUGCCUUUGAGUUCACUGCAUUGCCUACCUGUCUGCAGCAUGACAGCUGUGAACUCUGCCUCUCGUCCAACCUAACCUCUGGCUGUACCUGGUGCAACGUCCUCCAGAGGUGCUCAGACGGAAUGGACAGACACAGGCAGGAGUGGCUGGACUACGCCUGUUCAGAACAGGCCAAAGAUGUUACGUGUGAGGAUUAUUCCAUGGGGAGACCAGACAGCUCCAUUGACCCUUCAGUUCCCCCAGACUCUGAGGUCACCACUCCCUUGGGGCCCCUACUAGAAGGCCCUGCCACGGAGAACGUGAAGACAGGCCCCCCGAGACAACACGACGGGUCAGCUCACACAGGAGUUAUAGCAGGUGUAGUAGCUGCAUUGGUGCUACUGCUGGCUCUGACACUGCUGGCUCUUUACGUCAACUCUCAUCCUUCUGCUGCUUCACCCCUCUACUUAUUACAGCGACGCAACAGCUACUGGCCAUCCAUGAAGUUCAGGAAGCAGGGAUUCCACUCCAGCUACGCAGAGGUGGAGGUCGAAGGUCAUGAGAAGGAGGGCAUCAUGGAAGCUGGCCAGUGCUGA